CUCGCGGUUCUGCCCCCUCGCUGCUCCGCCCUCGGCGUCUGCGCGCGAAUUCCUUGGCGCGAAAUCGGGGCCGGAGGCGAGCGUCGAGCGGUUUCGGGAGCGGGGCGCCGAGCAUUGCGGGGCGCGGGGCUGGUGUGAGAAACAGUCAACAGGAAAAGGAGAUCAAAUUCUGACGCCACCAUGCAGCGAAGCAUAAUGUCAUUUUUCCAGCCCAUGAAAGAGGGCAAGGCAAAGAAGCCGGAGAAGGAGACAGCCAAGGGCACCAGAGAGGCAGAGCCGCCUCCAAAGGCAGCUCUGAAGGAGCGGAAUGGAGUGAUGCCCGAGAGCGACUCUCCUGUGAAGAGGCCAGGGCGGAGGGUGACCCGGGUCCUGGGCAGUGAAGAGGAAGAGGAGGAGGACGGAGCCCUCACAACCCCCAAAAGCCAGCCUGCUCCAGACUCCCCGCUGUCCUCCCCAUCCAGUCCUGUCAGAUCUCCCGAGGGUAGCCCUCCCCUGUCCAGCACCUCCCCCAUGGACAUUUCCCCAUCAGGCUUCCCGAAGCGGCGCACAGCUCGGAAGCAGCUUCCUAAGCGGACAAUUCUGGAUGUUCAGGAAAAUCGAAGUGAGGCCAUGCUCAAGGCCAGAGAGGCCAAGAAGAGGAAGAAGGAGGUGAUAGAAGAAGCGGAAGCAGAAGCAGAAGCAGAGAUCCCAGCAGAAAACACCUCACAUUCCAAAGCAGAGAAAACAGAGUCUGCAGAGGACCAGCCCACGCCACCCCCUGAGGCCCAAAAGCCCUCUGGUGAGCUUCUCUUUCCUGCUGUCUGCACUCAGAGUGUCUUUGGAGAGUCAGAACCCCUGACUGGAAGUGCUUCUGCACCUGAGGUGGCUGAGAAGCAGGAGGCGAAGAAGGAGAAGGAGAAGGAGAAGGAGAAGGAGAAGGAGAAGGAGAAGGAGAAGGAGAAGGAGAAGAAGAAGGAAGAGAAGGAGGAGGAGGAGGAGAAGGAGGAGGAGAAGGAGAAGGAAGCCCUAUCUCAGCCGCCCCCCAGAGCUCCCAAGACACUCAGCAGUUUUUUCACUCCCCGGAAGCCGGCCACUAAAAAAGAAGCGAAAGAAGAGGGGUCGGGUGCCCUAGUGAAGGAGGACAUCCCAAAGGGCACCCUGGACCCAUCCAGCUACAAUCCCGCCAAGAACAACUACCACCCUGUGGAGGAUGCCUGCUGGAAGCCUGGCCAGAAGGUCCCCUACCUGGCUGUGGCCCGGACAUUUGAGAAGAUUGAGGAGGUGUCUGCUCGGCUCCGGAUGGUGGAGACCCUGAGCAACUUGCUGCGCUCCGUGGUGGCCCUGUCCCCGCCGGACCUCCUCCCCAUCCUCUACCUCAGUCUCAACCGUCUUGGGCCGCCCCAGCAGGGCCUGGAGCUGGGUGUGGGGGAUGGCAUCCUUCUCAAGGCAGUGGCCCAAACCACGGGUCGGCAGCUUGAGUCUGUCCGAGCUGAGGCCGCCGAGAAGGGUGAUGUGGGGCUGGUGGCGGAGAGCAGCCGCAGCAUGCAGCGCCUCGUGCUGCCCCCACCUCCGCUCAGUGCCGCGGGGGUCUUCGCCAAGUUCCAGGACAUCGCCCGGCUCUCCGGCAGCACGUCCACCACCAAGAAGAUGGACAUCAUUAAAGGCCUCUUUGUUGCCUGCCGCCACUCGGAAGCCCGUUUCAUUGCUAGAGCCCUGAGUGGACGGUUACGCCUUGGGUUGGCAGAGCAGUCAGUGCUGGCCGCCCUCUCCCAGGCCAUAAGCCUCACACCCCCAGGCCAAGAAUUCCCCCCGGCUGUGGUGGAUGCUGGGAAGGGCAGGACAGCAGAGGCCAGGAAGACGUGGCUGGAGGAGCAGGGCAUGAUCCUGAAGCAGACGUUCUGUGAGGUGCCCGACCUAGAGCGCAUCGUCCCUGUGCUCCUGCAGCACGGCCUGGAGAAGCUCCCCGAGCACUGCCAGCUGAGUCCAGGGGUCCCCCUGAAGCCCAUGCUGGCCCACCCCACCCGUGGCAUCCAAGAGGUCCUGAAACGCUUCGAUGAGGCCGCUUUCACCUGCGAGUACAAGUACGACGGGCAGAGGGCACAGAUCCACUUCCUGGAAGGUGGGGAAGUGAAGAUCUUCAGCAGGAACCAGGAGGACAACACCGGGAAGUACCCUGACAUCAUCAGCCGCAUCCCCAAGAUUAAAGGCCCCUCGGUCACGUCCUUCAUCCUGGACACGGAAGCUGUGGCCUGGGACCGGGCAAAGAAGCAGAUCCAGCCCUUCCAGGUGCUCUCCACCCGCAAACGCAAGGAUGUGGAUGCAGCUGAGAUCCAGGUGCAGGUGUGUCUGUACGCCUUUGACCUCAUCUACCUCAAUGGGGAGUCCCUGGUGCGGUCACCCCUCUCCCGCCGCCGCCAGCUGCUCCGGGAGAACUUUGUGGAGACGGAGGGUGAGUUUGUCUUUGCCUCCUCCCUGGACACCAAGGACGUGGAGCAGAUGGCAGAGUUUCUGGAGCAGUCAGUGAAAGACUCCUGUGAGGGGCUGAUGGUGAAAACCCUGGAUGUGGACGCCACCUAUGAGAUCGCUAAGAGGUCGCACAACUGGCUCAAGCUGAAGAAGGACUAUCUGGAGGGCGUGGGGGACACCCUGGACCUGGUGGUGAUCGGCGCCUACUUGGGCCGGGGGAAGCGGGCCGGCCGCUACGGGGGCUUCCUGCUGGCCUGCUACGAUGUGGAGAGCGAGGAGCUGCAGGCCAUCUGCAAGCUGGGCACCGGCUUCUGUGAUGAGAUGCUGGAGGAGCAGCACCAGGCGCUCCAGUCUCUGGUGCUGCCCGCUCCCCGCUCCUACGUGAGGGCUGACGGCGCCUCGGCCCCCGACCACUGGCUGGACCCGCGGCUGGUGUGGGAGGUGAAGUGCGCCGACCUCUCGCUGUCCCCCGCCUACCCCGCGGCCCGUGGCCUGGUGGACGAGGAGAAGGGCGUCUCCCUGCGCUUCCCGCGCUUCCUGCGCGUCCGAGAGGACAAGACCCCGGAGCAGGCGACCAGCAGCGAGCAGGUAGCGGAUCUGUACCGGAAGCAGAGUCAGAUCCAGAACCAGCAGAACCCGGAUGAGGACUCCGACGGCCACCUCGACUCCGACGCUGAGGACUAAGCCCGACUGGGCAGGAUGUUGUGUGCCCGUGCUCGUGCUCACGUAUGUCCGUGCGUGCUCGCGCAUGUCCGUGCAUGCUCGCGUGCGUCUGUGCGUGCGUCUGUGCGCUCGCGCGUGUGUACAUGUGUAUGAUGGGGCCUGGGGCUUAUUCGCAUUUCUCUUUUAAUAAAGGAUUAUUGACUA